AUGGGCAAGGAAAACCAAACCUAUCUGACUGAAUUUAUCUUGCUGGGCCUUUCUUCAGAUCACCAAACUCAGAUUCUACUGUUUGUGAUAUUUCUCAUCAUCUACUUGCUGACUCUGUUUGGAAAUCUGCUUAUCAUAUUCCUAAUUCAUGUUGACUCUCGACUUCACACGCCAAUGUAUUUCUUCCUUAAAAACCUGUCAUUUAGUGACCUCUGCUUCUCUACAACCAUUGUUCCCAACAUGUUAUUUCACUUUCUGGUGACGAGAAAGAGCAUUUCAUUUACUGGGUGCUCAAUUCAAAUGUUUUUUUUCCUUAUAAUGGGAUGUACAGAAAGUUCACUUCUAGCAGUGAUGUCCUACGACCGCUAUGUGGCUGUCUGCAAGCCCCUGCACUACUCCACCAUCAUGACUCAGGGGGUUUGUGGUCUGCUAGCCACAGGGGCCUGGGCUAGUGGGGUAUCUGUAUCUCUAGUGGAUACCACAUUCACUUUGAGUCUCCCAUACCGAGGACCAAAUGUAAUUAAUCAUUAUUUUUGUGAGCCUCCAGCACUCUUGCAGCUGGCUUCAGAAGAAACCUACAAGGCUGAGAUGGUCAUCUUUGCAAUGGGUGUGAUAAUCCUCCUGGGUCCUGUGUCUCUCAUCUUGUUCUCCUACUGGAACAUCAUCUCCACUGUGAUGCGAAUGAAGUCGGGGGAGGGGAGGCUCAAGGUCUUCUCUACCUGCAGUUCCCAUUUCGUUGUUGUUAUCUUCUUCUAUGGCUCAACAAUAUUUACCUACAUGCAGCCCAAUGCAAAGAAAAUGAAUCAAGGUGACAAAGUGAUCUCAGUGUUCUACUCCAUCAUAACGUCCAUGAUGAAUCCAUUCAUUUACAGCCUAAGGAACAAGGAUGUGAAGGAGGCAUUGGGAAAAGUUCUGAGACAAUAG